CGUGCUCCCUCUGUCGCCGCCGUUUCCGAGGAGAGGAGCCGCUUAUUCAGCUGCUGGAUGAGGGACUGAACGGAGGGAACAAUGAACAGACACAGGGAUGAGUGAAUGAACGUAUCCCGACCUGGGCUUCUUCCACACUACCGCACCGGUGAGAAGACGCAGACGACGAUUUGGACAUCACUCGGCUCUGCCCCGUCAGUAGAAGUCAGUAGAGUCCAGUGAAGGCCCGACUGCUUCAGCAGAAAAUGGCUCCGGCAGCCGUGUCUGUGCAUCCAUCCUCUCUCCCCUCCCGCCUCUCCUCGCCCCUCCUCCUCUUCCUCCUCUCCGCCUUCCUCCUCCUGUCAUGUCCUGGAUCGGUCCACGCAGGUUCAUCUGAGAAGAACUGCUCGGCUAGUGGAGACCCCUGUCAGGAAGGAGUGGUACUGCCCAUAUGGAACCCUCAGAACCCCUCUGUCGGCGACAAAGUGGCACGGGCCAUUGUUUACUUCGUAGCACUGAUCUAUAUGUUCCUGGGCAUGAGCAUAGUAGCGGACCGAUUCAUGUCUUCUAUAGAGGUCAUUACCUCUCAGGAGAAGGAAAUCACUAUAAAGAGGCCAAAUGGUGAGACCACUACCGCCACGGUCAGGAUCUGGAACGAGACCGUUUCUAAUCUCACUUUAAUGGCCUUGGGUUCUAGUGCUCCAGAGAUACUGCUGUCGGUCAUUGAGGUGUGCGGUCACGGUUUUGAGGCUGGCUCUCUGGGUCCCAGCACCAUCGUGGGCAGCGCUGCCUUCAACAUGUUUGUAAUCAUCGCCCUGUGUGUGUACGUGGUUCCUGAUGGAGAGACGCGCAAAAUCAAGCACCUCCGGGUGUUCUUCGUCACGGCGGCCUGGAGUAUCUUCGCCUACAUCUGGCUUUACCUGAUUCUGAGUGUCUUCUCCCCUGGAGAGGUGGAGGUAUGGGAGGCUGUGCUGACCUUCCUCUUCUUCCCGCUCUGCGUGGUCCAGGCCUGGGUGGCCGACCGCCGCCUCCUCUUCUACAAGUACGUCCGCAAGCGUUACCGCGCUGACAAGCGCCACGGCAUCAUCAUUGAGACCGAGGGAGUCGCGGACGGAGGAGUGGGUAUGGCUGGAGGAGGAGCACUGGGCCCGGGGGGGUUCACCAAGAUGGACAUGCUGGAGCUGGACGGACAGAUGGCGUUGAACUGUCACAGCGAUGGAGGGAUGACGGAGGAGGGAGGAGCGAAAGACGAGGACGACGAGGCCAGACGGGACAUGGCGAGGACACUGAAGGAUCUGAAGCAAAGGCACCCGGAUAAAGACAUGGAGCAGCUGAUUGAGAUGGCAAAUUAUCAGGUCCUGAUGCAGCAGCAGAAGAGCAGAGCGUUCUACCGUAUCCAGGCAACCAGGAUGAUGAUCGGAGCCGGCAACAUCCUCAAGAAGCAUGCUGCCGACCAGGCUCGCAAGGUGGUGAGCAGCAAUGAGACCCAGGCACAGGAGGACGACCCGCACACCAUCCGGAUGGAGUUUGAACCCGCUUUGUACCAGUGCUUUGAAAACUGUGGCUCCCUGAAACUGACGGUUGCCAGACGCGGAGGAGACUCUGGAGUUACUGUCAAGGUGGAUUAUCGCACGGAGGACGGUACAGCAAACGCAGGUUCAGAUUAUGAGUUUGCCGAGGGAACGCUGCUUUUUAAACCAGGAGAGACCUUGAAAGAGAUUACAGUCGGAGUGAUUGACGACGACAUCUUCGAGGAGGAUGAGUAUUUCUACGUCCACCUCAGCAACCCUCGACUGGUUGGUUAUCCCGAGAUUGGCACCGCCCCGCUGGAUAACAGUGCCACCCCCAAAGCCGUGCUGGGUGACAACCACACAGCAACAGUGACCAUCUACGAUGACGAUCACGCAGGCAUCUUUACUUUUGAGACCGCCAGUCAGAAGGUGAGCGAGAGCGUGGGUGUGAUGGAGUUGAAAGUACUCAGGACUUCGGGGGCCCGAGGCCUGGUGGCCGUCCCCUACCGAACCGUGGAUGCCAGCGCUAGAGCAGGGGAGGACUACGAGCUGGCCGCUGGCAAGCUGGAGUUUCAGAAUGACGAAACCAUGAAGAUCAUCGAGGUGAAGAUAAUUGAUGAUGAGGAGUAUGAGAAGAACAAGAACUUCAUCGUCGAGCUGGGAGAGCCUGUUCUGUUGGACAUAGGGCAGAAACACGGUGACUCCAAUGAGAACAAGCCGUUGGUGGGAGCAGAGGAGGAGGAAGUGGCCAAGAUGGGCUGUCCCAGCCUGGGCGAACACACCCAAGUAGAAGUGAUCAUAGAAGAGUCCUACGAGUUUAAGAGAGCAGUAAAUACGCUUCUUUGGCGGGCUGAAAAGAAUACAGUAGAUAAGUUGAUCAAGAAGACAAACCUGGCCUUGGUGGUGGGAAGCAGCAGCUGGAGGGAGCAGUUUGUCAAUGCUGUAACAGUCAGUGCAGGAGACGACGACGACGAGGAGAGCGGCGAAGAGCGGCUGCCGUCCUGCUUCGACUACAUCAUGCACUUCCUCACCGUCUUCUGGAAGGUUCUGUUCGCCUUCGUCCCGCCCACGGAGUACUGGAACGGCUGGGCCUGCUUCAUCGUCUCCAUAUCGCUCAUCGGCGUCCUGACGGCGGUCACCGGCGACCUGGCGUCACACUUCGGCUGCACGAUAGGACUGAAGGACUCGGUGACCGCCGUGGUGUUCGUGGCGCUCGGAACAUCGGUGCCAGACACAUUCGCCAGCAAGGUCGCCGCCAUCCAGGACCAGUACGCCGACGCCUCCAUUGGCAAUGUCACCGGCUCCAACGCCGUCAACGUCUUCCUCGGGAUAGGCGUGGCGUGGACCAUCGCCGCUGUCUUCUGGCGCUCCAAGGGCAAGGUGUUCAAGGUGGACCCGGGAAACCUGGCCUUCUCCGUCACCCUCUUCACCAUCAUGGCGGUGUUGUGUGUGUUCAUACUUCUGUACCGGCGGCGGGCGUCGGUGGCCGGCGGCGAGCUGGGCGGACCGCGGACAUGCAAGAUGAUAACGUCGCUGCUGUUCGUCUCCAUGUGGCUGAUUUACAUCAUGCUGGCUUCCCUGGGUGCCUACUGCCAUUUACCAAUUUAAAUGGAGAGGAGAGGGGAGGGAGAGAGACCCGCUGUCAAUACGAAGAGAGAGAGAGAGAGAGUGCGGGAUGGAGGAGUCUAUAAAAAACAGAUGAGUAGUAGAGGUGGAUCAAUAUGGGCAGAUUUGGUCCGAAACAAUUUUUCAGUGUUUCAGAUUAGAUUUGUUCUUUCCCUUUAUUUAUUUUGUGAAAAGGUAACACGAAACACUAAAGCUCUCAAACUAUUUCCAAUCAUGUUUUGCAUUAGCAGCUCUGGAUCAUAUGUCCAGUGAUGGAAAAACUUUGAGAAUGCAUGAACCCAAAAAAUUGAGAUUAUUGAACAGAAAGAAUUCAUGAGCAAAAUGGCAACGCAGGUUUUAAAGAGCUCUUUAAUGCUGUCACCUCAAUCAUCCGUGAUCGUUGGUGGACAACGCUGGUUAAUAUUAUAAAAAAGGCUGAUAUAGUUCCAGCAGAUGAGAUAGACAGCAAGCAGAGCUGUUAGCCGGCCUCUGAAGGGAACAACGAAGAGGAAGAAGGAUAAAGGUGGAAGAUAUAAAAGUGUAAAGGUGAGAGAGCCGGCUGGAGGCAACAACACUAGAGAGAGGUCUGGAUGAAGUCCAUGAAGGGACCAGAGAAAUAAUACAAUAAAAAGAACAGAUGGCAAACGAUUCUACACCCCCUCCUCACUCUCUCUCUCACUCUCUCUUUCCAUCUUUACUGUCUCGUCGUCACGGGAUUGGUGGAUCCUCCCAUUACACCCAGUGAACUCCUCUAUCUUAUACGACCAAUGACUUAUUACUUUUAAGCCCUCUUCCCCCCAACUGUCCACACACACACACACACACACACACACACACACACACACACACACACACACACACACACUAAGACACACACACUUUGGGGCCCUCAGGUGCUGUGGAGGACCACUCACUACCUUGAAGAUAAAAACUGACAAUUGGUCUUUUUUCCUUCUCUUCUUGAAUACACUGUGCGAAGUAGUCCUUCCACCUGGCAACACGCACACACACGCACACACACACACACUUGCAUACUGUACUCUCCUUUUCCCACAAACUCUACAGACCGUAAACACUCCUCCGUCCCUCCCUCUUGCCUUACUCUUAUCUCCCCUGUAGGAAUUGUCUUAAAGUUGUGAUUAUGAAAUGCUGUAGUCACCACCAACCAACCCUCUUUUUAAUUGAGCCAAUCCCAAGUCCCUCUCCUUUUAUGCCAAUUAACAGCCUCAU